GUCAUCACCUUGAACCAAACAGCCUUUCGCCAAUAACAAUAUAAAGCGGAUUCACGAUGGGAUACACCCACUACUACGGCGUCCUCGACGCGACUGAUGUUCCCUUGUCCGGUCCAACUGACGACCCCCGGGACGACCAUGUCACGCCGCCCCUGGUCGAUGAGAUCGAAGGCAUUGACAUCAACGGUGUUGCAAAGAUGUCGCAUGAGCCUCUUAUAAUCCAUCCCAAGAAUAUUCGUAGUUUCGAAUUCGUGAAAACGUCCGGCAAGCCGUAUGACACGGCGGUGGGCUGCAUCCUGCUGCGGGCACACGUCUUGGCCCCGAAACAGUUUCAUCUGAGAUCUGAUGGGUCCUGGGAUGAGAUGGAAUGGAAGUUGGCCCGUAAUCUGUACGAGUCUCUCUGGCCAGACCAACUCCCUGACGCGGCAGUUCUUGGAUGAGGAUUAGGCAGAAUUGGAGGAGGAAGAGAG